CAACGAUGGCUUUCAGCACAAUUGUUUGUGAGUUUUCUUCACUUUAAAAAUCGAAAGCUUUUUGAGUUCGAAAUGAAUUUCAGCGACGAUCCACUUGCUGAUCUCCUGAGUGAUAAUAGUUUGGACAAUGACAGUUUCUUUGACGCUCCAGCCGGUGGCAGUGCAAAAAAAUUGCCCAAGUCAAACAAGGCCAAGGGAAAACUCGAGGAUCUUUUUGGCAUCAAGGAGGAAACAGAACCGGAGGCACAAAAUACUACAGCUAUUAAGCAAGCUAAUGCCAAAUCGACGGUAACUAGCACACCGCGCAUCGUCAAACAGAAGCCAUCGCUCUCCAUGGAUGAUGCCGAGGACGAUGACCUGGGAUUCGAUCCCAAGCGCCCCAAGAGCGGCGGUGGAGCAAGAAAGAAUCUCUUCGACGAUCUACUCGGCGCCGCAGAGCCCAAGCGUAACAUUUUCGAUGAAAUACUAAAUAGUAGCGAUGCUGCCACAAGCAAACGUCCAGCAACUGCGAAGCCCUCGAUGUCCCGCCAGUCGACGGACACAACGACAGACAAUUCACAGGCACGGCCCAAAACUGCAGCAGGAGCGGGCCGACGGAGUUCUGCCUCUGCCCAAUCGGCCAAUCUGAACACUGAUCCAUUGGGUCUGUUUGGCAGGGACAAGGAGACAAAUGUUACAGUUUCGGGUAUGUCCACGCCGGUGUCCAAGAAGCGUGGCACCGCUGACUGGCUGGGCCUGGUAAGCGUCGAGAUGGCCGCAACGCAUGCAACAGCCGACGAGGAGCUGGAACAUGUACAAACAGUGACCAAGGAGCCAGCACCAGCACAGGAUGUACUGCACAAGUCCGACUCCGUCGAUGUGGAUAUGGAACCACCACUGCCUGUGGUAGUUGCGCCUGCUGCUGCUGAUGCCACAACGCAAAAGAUUCUAAUGCUGAACAGCUUGAACUUGGAGAGCAGUCACAACUACAAUGCUCUGCAGCAGCAAGAGACUCAGCUAGCAAUUGCUGCCCAGAUGAAGAGUCAGGAGCGCGCUUUGGUGGAAAUGCAGCACAAACAGGAGACGCAGGAUCGCAAGUUUCAAGCGCUGCUGCAGCAGCAGCUUCAGCGCCAGCAGCAAAUGGAGGAGCACAUCAAGGCGCAACAGGAACGCAUCAAUGUGCAACUUCAGCUGAUGAUGACACAACCCAUUAUGGUGAAUGCAACGGCACGCAUGGAAACAGCGAAUGCAACUGCUGCGCAGGUGGAGAAGCUGCCACCUGUCGCAAAUGUUACACCGAGGGACGAAAGCAAGGAUCAGUUGCUGCUGCUGGAAACGGAUGCCAAGCGCAACGCACUUGAGAAGCAGCGAUUGGAGGAGCUGGUGGCUAACAUGAAAGUAAACUACGAACAGGAGAUUGAAAUGAUCGAGACCUCCUACAAAAAACAACUAAAGGUAUUGGAGCAGCAUUUGGCUGCUGUGGAGAAUCGCCUGAAGCUGGAGAACACCGAACUGAGAGAUUACUACAUGGGGAAACUGGAGAAACUGAAGAGCGACUAUGAGCUGCAGAUUUCCAGCUUGAAGCAGGACCACGAGGAUGAUAUGCGCCAGUUGCGCGGCUCCCAUGAAGCGGAUAUGGAGCGCAUAAGGCAAGCCAAUAUGCUGGAGCAGUCGGCGCUGCGGGAUCAUGGCAGCUACUUGGAAACGCUGCGAACGGCGUCCAGUGAUCUGCAAGAGCUGCGCGAGGGCAUCACAACGACCAAGGAGCGCGAACAGCAAUUGGAGGCACGGGAGCGUCGGCUGGCCGAUGCGGAGCGUCGCUUGAAGAUCAACGAGGAGGGCGCCGACGAGGAAAAGCGUCGCCUCAUGGAGCUGGUGAGCACACUAGAGCUGCAGAUGAAUCGCCUCUCCAAGGACACGGCCGAGGAAAACUGGCAGCUGCGUCAGCGCAUGGCCAGCAUUGAGUCCGAGAAGAAGGCAUUCGAGCUGGAGAAGCAGUUCCAUCGCGAGCAAAUGGAACGCGACGAGAAGCGAAUCGAGGAACUGAAAACGUUUCAGUUAGCAGAGAUUGAGCGUAUGCAGCUGGAUGUGCAGCAGGAACGCACACGGCUCGUAGUUGAGCAACAGAAACUGGAGAUGCAGCACAAGCUGCACGAGCAGGGCGAUUUGGACAAGGAGCGAUUGGAGCUGGAAGCACAGCUGCAGGUGGCUCGAGAUGCCAUCAAGCGGGCAGAUGAGCAGCGGGAUCGAUGUCACAAGCAGCAGCGGGAGCUGGAGCAGCGCAAGCGCCUGCUGCUGGAUAAAGAGAAUACGCUCAAUGUCAAGGAGGAUGAGGUGGUGCAGGCAUCCACUGCCUAUCGUCUAGCUAUCAAGCGUGCACAUCUGGCCGAGCACAAGGCCCAGGAGUCCGAGCAACUACUCAAUGCCAAGCUGCAGCUGAUGAGCACUCGCGCGCACGAGUUGAGCGAGAAGGAGGCACAGCUGUCGCAGGAGCGCAUGCUGCUUACCCAAGAUCGGCUCGCCCUGCAGAAGAUGAAGCAGCAGAUUGGCCAAAGCAAGUGCGCCCUCUGCAAAAUGGGCGUCGAGAAUGUGGAAUUUUCACAACGCAUCGCUGCUAGCCACAGCAAAGGUAGCCAACCGCAACCCAAGUCUCAGUUAGAGGACAUGAGCGUCAGUCAACCGGCAGCAAUGCUAGCAGGCGAUAUUGUGGAUCGUAUGUUGGACGAGAAUAUCGAGGCCUCAUAUCGUAGAAUGUAUAAUUUGCCGGGCAAUGGCGCUUUGGACUAUUGGACAACUGUUGGCCUCGAUGAUGAUUCCAAAAAACUGGCCAUGGACAAUGGCAAUACUUUGGAGAUUGAAGAUUUAGUCUUCGCUAAUCUUAAUAUCAACUGAAUUUUAAAUUUAAAGCUAUUAAUCGAUGAAUAUCGUACACGUUUUAUAACCUAUCGAACAAAAAUAAAUCGAUAUAUGACUUGAUAGUGUGUACCUAAACUUUAAAUAUAAG